GGCUCAAGGGAGCUAGCAGUCAAUGGACGGCGAGGCUCCGCCAUUCAACGAUAGUCAUCGUUGGCAUUCCGACCUUCCAUGGACCGACACUGCAGCUGUUCCUACAAUUUUCAACAUGGUAUUCGCUAAUCUGGUGUUUGAUGCUCGGCUCACGCACCCAGAUCGCCUGGUGCUGCAGCAGCUGAGCGAAGACAUUACCAAGUCCGAGCAGUGGGUCGCAGGCAAGUCGGCACCUUCGGGCGAAUCACACCAGUUAGCAGGGCCAAAGCAAGCCCCGACGACGGGAACAGGAGCGCCACCACCACCACCACCACUACCGCCGCCGCCACCGGCAUCGGCAUCGGCAUCGGCAUCGGCGUCGGCGACAUUGCCAUCCAAGGCUCCGUCGCUGUCACAAUGCCGGCCGCCACCAUCGACAGAGCAGCCCGGAGGCUCUGGCGUCGAUGAGGAGGGCACAGCCGCCGAGCUCGCGGCGCUCAACAACCCUCUCGAUGAGCGCUUCGAGCCAACUGUCUUCACCUCUUACGAUCUCGAUGAGGCUUUUGAGGCGGCCCCGGCAUUUCUGCACGGCCCGCUCAAGCGCUACAUCUCGUGGGCGCGGGGCGUGGCGCGGGUCGAGACUGACGUCGUCUUUGUGACGCACCUGCUCAUCUACUUUGGCACCACGCUGCCGAGCGCCGCCAUGCUCUUCACCCGCUUCGGCUACCUCCACGCCGUCUUGCACAUGCUCAUGCAGGCCACCUACAUUGGGCCCUACACGCUGCUCAAGCACCAGCACAUUCACCAGAACGGCGUGCUGAACCGUCGCUUUUCCCUGCUCGACUCGCUGUUCCCUUAUGUCAUGGACCCCCUCAUGGGCCACUCGUGGAACAGCUACUUCUACCACCACGUCAAGCACCACCAUGUCGAGGGCAACGGGCCCAACGAUCUCUCAUCCACCAUACGCUACCAGCGUGACAGCCUUGUCAAUUUCCUGCACUACCUGGGCCGCUUCUACUUCUUCGUCUGGCUGGACCUGCCCCGAUACUUCUGGCGUUCCCGCAGGCCGGUGCUGGCUGCCAAGUCGUGCUUCUGGGAGCUGGGCACCUACGCUGCCAUCUACGCUGCCUGGCGGUUCAACCAUGCCGCCGCCGUCGUUGUUUUGAUCACCCCCCUUAGUCUGCUCCGUAUCGCCCUGAUGGUCGGUAACUGGGGGCAGCACGCCUUUGUUGACGAGAACGAGCCCGACUCGGAUUUUCGGUCGAGCAUUACCUUGAUCGAUGUUCCGAGCAACCGGUUCUGCUUCAACGACGGAUACCACACGUCGCACCACCUGAAUCCGCUGCGGCACUGGCGUGAGCAUCCGUUGGCCUUCCUCAAGGCUCGCGACGAGUACGCUCGGCAGGGCGCGCUCGUGUUCCACGACAUCGACUACAUCGGCAUCACGGUACGCCUGCUGUGCAAGGACUACGACCACCUCGCGCGCCGGCUCGUCCCCAUCGGCAGGGAGCAGAUGGCCCUCACCCUCGAAGGCCGUGCCGCUAUGCUCAAGACGCACACGCGCGCCUUCACCAGCGAUGAGAUUACGCAAAAGUACAGCAAGAAGUCGUCUUGAUCAGCUCUCUUCUCCAACCCUAGCCUCAGCAUUGUUGCUAGGUAUUCUUACCCCUCACUCUCCGUUGACGCAUAAAGACAGCCUCCCUCAGCGGACCGCAUUAGAGCACGCAUGUUUCUUGCCCAACUUUUAUAGAUAGACCUAAAGCAUGGCGUUCUCUGGAUUGCCGGACAUAAAUAAUUUACUUGGCUUUCGCCGUUUUGUGCAAAGAAGCCCC